AUGGUGCAGGCCAGACUCCCAGUGCAGCAGGAGAUUCCCUCUCCUGAGAUGCAUGUGUUUGUCUAUGGUUUCUAUAUUGUCAGUACCAGUCGGUCUCACUCUGCCCUGUGUCGUCUCCUCCUCUCAGUGGAGGACCAGAAGGAGGUGCUGUCUCCAGUGAACCCUGAGCUGCGACACAAGGAAGUACAGAUGAACUUCUUCAAUCAGCUGACCUCCGUGUUCAACCCUGACCUCACCGUGCUGGCCUCUCCCUCAGGACGCACACAGGCGGAGAGUGAGAGUGAGGACCAGGCGACGACAGACCAGACCUUCCAGGCCAAAAUGAAGAAUGCCUUUGUGUCCCAGAACGUGUCCAGUCUCCAGGAACUGGGCGGGUCGGAGAAGUUGCUACGUGUCUGCCUCAACCUCCCUUACUUCCUGCGCUAUAUCAACCGGUUCCAGGACGCCGUCUCGGCCAACUCCUUCUUCAUCAUGCCCGCCACCGUCGGAGACGCAACUGCUGUCCGCAACGGGUUCCACUCCCUGGUGAUAGAUGUGGCCAUGGCCCGGGACACCUUGUCCUUGCCUGUCCUGGAGCCCCUGACUCCUGGGAGACUUCUGGACAUGACUGUGUUGGCACUCAGCUGCCUCUACGCAGGUGUGAGCGUUGCCACGUGCAUGGCCAUUCUGCAGGUGGGCAGCGGUCUGCAACUUCGCACAGCCUCCACCAGCUCCAAAGAGGAGGACUAUGAAAAUGACGCUGCUACCAUCGUACAGAAAUGUCUGGACAUCUACGAAAUGAUCGGCCAGGCCAUCAGCAGCUCCCGCAGAGCUGGAGGAGAGCAUUACCAGAACUUCCAGCUGCUGGGGGCGUGGUGUCUGCUGAACAGCCUCUACCUGAUCCUCAACCUGAGUCCCACGACCCUGGCUGACAAGGGCAAGGAGAAAGACCCUCUGGCCGCUCUCAGGGUCCGAGACAUAGCCGCCCGCACCAAGGACGGAGCAGGCUCCCCUAAACUGGGCCCGGCCAAAGGACAUCAAGGCUUUGGUGUCCUGUCAGUGAUCCUGGCGAACCACUCCAUCAAACUGCUCACCUCCCUUUUCCAAGACCUGCAGGUGGAGGCUUUGCACCGGGUCAGUGCAGGUUGGGCCAGUGACGGUCCUCCAGCAGAACUCAACAUCAUGGCGCAGAACACCUCCACCCAGAGGGUUCAGAGACUCCUGGACUCUGUUCCCCUUACCAACCUGCUGUUCAACCUUCUGUCCACCUCAUACAAGAAGGCCUGUGUCCUGCAGCGUCAGAGGAAAGGCUCGGUGAGCAGUGAUGCCAGUGCCUCGACAGACUCCAACACCUACUAUGAAGAUGACUUCAGCAGCACAGAGGAAGACAGCAGUCAAGCAGCAGAGAGAAGACAGAGGACAGCAAGAACAGCUAAUGUUUCAGAUGACGACAGCGAGCCCAUCUUGGGCCUGUGGUUCGAGGAGACCAUCUCGCCAACUAAAGACAAGGUGGCCCCCCCACCACCUCCCCCACCCCCACCCUUGGAGACCUCUCCCAGACUGAAGAGCCCCUCCAAGCAGAACGCAGGAGAGAACGGGAACAUCCUGGCCGGACGCAAGGACCCCGAGCUGUUCCUGAGCCUGGCCUCCAGCAUCCUGAACUUCAUCACCACCUCCAUGCUAAAAUCCAGGAACAACUUCAUCAGGAACUACCUGUCUGUCUCGCUGACAGAACAGCACAUGGCCACGCUAGCCAGCAUCAUCAAGGACGUCGACAAAGACGUCAAAGGUUCCUCAGAUGAAGAGUUUGCCUCUGCUCUGUAUCUCUUCAACCAUACGCUAGUGACAUCAGACCUACCCUCUCCAGCCCUGCAGAAUACCCUGCUGCAGCAGUUGGGCGUAGCUCCGUUCUCUGAGGGUCCGUGGCCCUUGUACAUCAACCCUCAGUCCCUGUCGGUGCUCUCCAGAGUCCUGCUCAUCUGGCAGCACAAGGCCUCUCUGCAGGGAGACCCAGACGUACCUGAGUGUAUAACGAUCUGGGAGAGGUUUGUGGGCACCUUGAAGCAGCACACCAUCCAGGGCUCUGUCCCCGGAGAUGAGGACCUGAAUGUGGAGCACCUCCAGCUCCUGCUGCUCCUCUUCCACAACCUGUCUGAGAGGGGGAGGCGUGCCGUGCUCACCCUGGUCACCCAGGCCAUCACAGAGGUGGCGGGUGCCCAGCAUCAGGAGGCCCAGCUCAAAGUCGUACCCCUCAACCUGGCCCGCAUACUGCUGGUUCUCGACUACCUGUUGCACCAGUACUCGAAGGUUCCUAUGUACCUCUUCCAACAGGUCCAGUAUAAUCUGCUGACCCCUCCGUGGUCAGGCCAGGGUUCAGUCCAGGACGGGUCCAAGCGCAGCGCCCUGCCGCUCUACUGCGGCUUUAAAGAGGUGGAGGAGAACUGGUCUAAGCACUGCUCGGCAGAUUCCACAGUAGUGCAGCCCAAAUUCUACUGCGUCCUGUCACCCGAAGCGUCAGAGGACGACCGAAGCAGACUCGACAGCAAGGUGUUCCAGAAGCUGUUCAACGGCGCGGUGAAGUAUAAUGAGCUUUACGCCUGUCUGGUCUCCCUGCUCUCUGCCGGCUCUCACUUUGACACAGCCAGGAGACAGGAGAACAAGCCCAUCACACCUAUGGAGGCAUGCUCCCUGCAGUACUACUUCCUGGUGCUGUGGAGGAUCCUGGGGGUCCUACCCCCCUCUAAGGCAUACAUGGAGCAGCUGAAGGAUGGCCUAGGAGAACCCAGUGAGAGUGACAUUCUUCACACCCUGCGCUGGUCCUCACGACUCAGAGUCCCCACAUAUGUCAACUGGAUCAAGGAGCAUCUGGUGACUCAGGGGAUGAAGGGAGACCAAGCUUCGUCUCUGAUCGAGGUGGCUUCCUCCAGAUGCAGCACCGUCAAGUAUGACGUGGAGCUGGCUGAAGAGUACAUCGCUAGACAGAUCUCAGCGUUCUCCUGUGUGGACCCCAGCUCCAUCCUGCCCUUGUACCAGGUCCCCUCCCUACAGGCCAUCUAUACUCUGGACGCCGUCAUCUCCAAGGUCCAGGUGUCUCUGGACGAACAUUUCUCCAAGGUGGCGGCGGAGACGGACCCUCUCAAGCCCUCGGAGAUCACCAAAAACCUGCUGCCCGCUACACUGCAGCUCAUAGACGUGUACACAGCCUUCACCAGGUCCUACCUUCUGAUGAGCCUACCAGAGGAAGGAGAGAACAAGCUGUCAGAGGCUAAACUUCAGGGUUACGCCGCAGUGUUGUCUAUAGGAUCCAUGCGCUGCAAAGCCAACCUGCUCGGUCAGAAUGUGAUGCAGAACCUUCCAUCGGCCGUCCAGACGCUGUGUGAGACGUGGAACAACAUCAACACCAACGAGUUCCCUAACAUCGGCUCAUGGCGUAAUGCGUUUGCCAACGACACCAUCCCGUCCGAGAGCUACAUCAGUGCCAUCCAGACGGCUCAUCUGGGCACGCUCAGUAACCAGUCCCUGGCUCUGGCCUCGUCUCUCAAACACAUCCUCCUCUCUCUGGUCCGCCUCACCGGAGACCUCAUUGUGACUGAAGAGUUGAACCCUCCCCAGGUGGUACAUGCCCUGCUCCCCUCCUCUUGGAGAGCAGCACGGAGAGCGUAGCUGAGAUCUGCUUGACCUCGCUAGAGCGUAUCCUGGGUCCCGCUGAGUCGGACACCUUCCUGUCCCACGUCUACCAGAGACUGGUCACAGGAUGCUACAACAUCAUCGCCAACCACUCCGACCCCAACAGUGGUCUGGAUGAGUCUGUGUUGGAGGAGUGUCUGCAGUAUCUGGAGAGGCAGCUGGAAAGCAGCCAAGUGUGCAAGGCCAUGGAGGACU